AUGUGCGACACGAACAGCAGGCUUCCAGCGUGCUGUACGCAAUUGACGGGAUCCGCGUGUGCGGCGCCAACUCCAAGGGAGACGAACAACUAUUACAGCAGAAACCACAUCAAGGACAGCAACGACGACUGCAAGGGAUCGUGCUACUGUCCAGAAGGUUGCUGCUGCCCGCACAAGGGCAUGAACGGUCGCUACGCGUCUCCGACAUCCUGCGACCCCUGCGCCAUCAUGGACUGCUGCUGCACCUCCAGCUGCGGUGGCGGCUGCUGCUGCCGUUCCUGCAAACCUUCAUGUUGCUCGCCUUCCCCCAAAUGUUGCACUCCUCCGAAAUGCUGCUCGCCUCCGAGGUGCUGCUCGCCACCUUCGCCGAGCUGCUGUCCCGAACCCUGUUGCGAUCCCUGCUGCGGCCCCUACACUCCACCCUGCCGAAAACCCAUCUGCUAUCCUCCGGUGGACCCAUGCGACGACACCUGUCCCAGCGAGAGGAUCUGCUACUACCCCUGCCCACAGCCCUGCCAACCCAAGUACUGCACGUGCGGUUCUCCCAAUCCUUGCGACUGCGAUCUGAACGCGAAAAAGAGACAGGCCAUCAGCGAGAUGGCGCCUUGCUGCAGACGAUGCGGACGAAAGGUUUACGCAGCUGAGAAGAUCAUGGCUUCAGGAGGUGCCUUCCACAGUUCGUGUUUCUCCUGCUACUGCUGCCAUAAACCUCUAGAGGUGACCAACAUGUACGAAAAUCAAGGGGAAAUUUACUGCAAACAAUGUUAUGCAAAGUACUUUGGUGUGCAAGGUUACGGCUACGGAAGCACCCUGCUCUCAUCCAUUUAA